AUGGCGAACUACUUCCUGUGCCUUGUUGUUCAACGGUUGGUUCUACCGCUCAUUCUGGCAACAUGUGUGUUGAUGAGACCGGUAGGACUGGCCAUUCCAUAUGUGGUAUUCUUAUUGUCUAUACCGUAUGUGCCUGUCGCCAACAAAAAAACUAUCUUGGGACCAACUGGCCUGUUCAUGAGGCUACUUAUUCUGUGCGCUGUAGUGGAUCUAGCGGUCACGAUCGUGUUCCAGCUGAUACUGAUCGGCUUUCCCGGGAGUUCGAUUGAACCGUGCAGCUUGGGCGAAAUCGUACUACGCCACAUUGGUCUGGUGUCGUUCAAUAAUUUGAAUGGUUGGAUGGUGGUGUACUGGUUGGCACCCGAUGUGAUCCUCGUAUUCUUUGGCUUCAUAAUACUAUUCGUGCUGAGGAAGCUGACUGGAGUGAUAGUUCCCAGACGUCGGCGUGUUAGAGGUGCUGGUGCAAACAGCGCACAGGAUGACAACGAACAGGGAACGGUCAGUUCCGUACAAGAAUCGGCUGCAGCUGAUGGAGACGAGUCCGAACUACAAACGAGUCUCAUUAGUCCCGAGCGGUUGCCCUUCUUCACGAAGCUGGGCGUGUUGUUGUCGAUGUGUAUGCUGUGUGUGGCAGGCAUCAUUCAACCGUCCGCGCAGAGCGGAGUGUACUUUAUUGUAUUUUUGGGUGCUGCUUCAUGGUGGGCAUGCUAUAAGAAGCUAGAUAGGGCAUUUGGAAUAGUUUUAAAGAUUACGUUGGUGGUUCUAGUCAUACAUAUAGUGCUGUUUCUGGCAUACCAGAAUCCAUGGCCUCAGGAAGUGUUGUAUUUCAACGAUACCACAGCGCGAGUGCUUGCGCUGAAGCCUAUUCUCAAUUCGUCCUGUAACCUAGCCAAUGGGACCGAUAUCCGGAACGUGUCUUUCAACUCGGACUUUGACACGGAUGUGUAUCUCAAUCCGAUCUUCCUGCUCAUCUGCUACUACACCUUAACGAUGACUUCAUCUUUACUACUACGAACAAGAAGCGAUGUGGCGAAGGAUAAAAAACGGAUGGAUCUGUCGAGUCAGCUCGAAAACGGCAUUAGGCUGCAAAAUCAGAUCUCUUUCCGUAUGCAGCGCAAAAACAUUCUGCGCAAAACGCUCACCAGCGAUCGGUGGCGUGGUGCGGCACGGAAGGUGAAACUGAUGCGUCGAGGAACGCAUAGAAUACGAGAUGCUUCUGCAAACGAUGGCAAAGAAGGCGCUCAAACAGAUCAAAUAGCAUUAGAAACGUUAGCAAGGAAUAAAACUAUUUCAGAAGAAGAAGAACCAUCCAGUUUCUUCGAGCAGGCGCUGCUGGCCAUUCGGAAUGUGGCCACUUACAUUUACAAGAAUAGCUACAUCUUUACCAACGUUAUAAUGAUGGUUUGGAGCAUCAUGUAUCACAGUUGGUUGACAUUCGUACUACUGCUGUGGGCUAAUGCAAUCUGGAUCUUACCGAACCAUCGCAGAAAUAUGCUUAAUUCUAGUCCAUUUCUGGUGAUAUAUGCGGAGCUUCUCCUAUUGGCCCAGUUUCUCUACGGGAUGAAUCUUACAGAGGCUGAGCUGCCGACAGUCGUGGAUGGUUCUGGUAUCAAUUUAGAACAAGUGGGAUUCGUUAGACGCACCGAGUAUCCAUGCGUUCCGCUGCUUGUGAAGUCGCUAUUCACCACGAUGUUUUGGAUUUCGUUGCGUCAACGAAUCCAGGAGAAACAAACGGAGCGCCGGGAAUCGAUGAUCGCUAACAUGGCCGCCCCACUGCAGCUACCAGUAGGAGCAGCAACGACUGCCGCUACAGGUCCUUCGUCGGUUACUGAACAUGUGCAAGAUAAAAAAUCGUCUGCGAUCGUGGACAAGAUGGCGAAGUUCGUACGUUCGUUAAUGAUCAAGUUCUGGAUCUGGGUGGUGGCCCUAACGCUAUUUCUUUCCGCCAUCAUCGGUAACCGGAUGACUGUAUUCCGAAUCGUGUACAUGGUGUUAUUCUUGUGCUUUGUACUUACAUUCCAGUUUUCCUUCCGAGUGUGGCGUAGAGUCAUGUUUACGUUUUGGCUGACAGUUAUCAUGUACUCGAUGGCCAUUUUAAUAUUGGUUUACUUGCAUCAAUUUGAGCAGUUUCCAGGGUAUUGGGCAGCAAUAGGCAUAUCAAAAGAGUUACAAGAAGACAUAGGAUUGGAGAUAUUUAAAACUGGUCAGUUGUUUUUACACCUGGUUAAUCCAACAUUGGUUGUUAUCAUUACUGUUAUCCAGCUGCACUAUUGUCAUGACCGGUUUCUGGUUAUUAGUGAAAUACCAACCGUCCAAACCGAGGAUCCGUCGGAAGAUGAAGAAAACCAUGAACCUGCAGCGCCGGUUACCGAAGGUCCCGCCUAUGGUACAUUUACUAAUGCCGAAAGCAAUCCUAUUGAAGCCACUGCAGUACCUUCGGCUCAAUCCAUCGCAACAACAGAAGGACAACCACCUCCAAAACCGUCCAUACCAUCGGAUGCUCAACCAGUGCAAGAAAAGUUCAUUGAUGUAGAUGAUCAAAGUGAAAAGUUGGAAGAUUUUCGGUUCCGGAAGCUCUCGAGACAGGAGAUUACCGGUUUCGCACGAAAGGCGUGGAAACAAUCGCUGCAACUGCUGGAAUUAACUUGGCUGUUCUUCGAGAUCCACAUGCUGAAGAUAGUGUUAAUAGUGGCAUUUUCACUGAGCGUGAACUCGGUCAACUUUCUGCACCUGUUGUACGUUGUGCUGUCGGUUUUCACGGUAAAAGCACACACAACCGGAAAGGAUUCACUGAUGUACAUACAGCUGAUUAGAAUAACGCGCAUCAUGUCGCUGUUCUCCGCAAUAAUGCUGAUCUUAACCAUGAUUUAUCAGGUGAAGUACAUCAAGGAGGAAAAUUUCCAAAGCGAAUGUCCAAAUAUUGAUGCGAACACAACACAGAUGGACAUGAACAAUGCCAAAUGGUUCGGAAUGCGCAAAACCGGAUCGGGUGAAACGUUGUCCGACCUGCUGAGACCAUACCUGGUGUACAUACUUAUAGUGACCGUUCAUACGGUGACCAUUUUACGCCAAACGAUACACCGCAUACGGCUAGGACAGUCACCGAAAACUCCCGCUCUAAUGUUUCCGAAUGUUGUUCGGGUCGAUGCGGACAAGGAUAUACCAAGGAUGAUCCAGUAUUUGUUCAACUACGGAUACUACAAAUUUGGAGUUGAAAUUUCACUGGUGACGUUGAUUGUGGUGAUUGGAAAUCGCAUGGACGUGUUUUCUAUUUUCUACGCCAUAUGGCUCGCGAUUUUGUUCCACAUGACGCGUGAAGGAUUGCAGCGUCUUUGGAAACCACUGACGUGGUUCAUCGUAGUAAUUAUACCUAUACAGUACCUACUGUUUAUCGGGCUGCCACCGCUCGCGUGUGUCAACUAUCCGUGGUUUAUACCGCAGUUGGAUCACUUCCGUAUCUGGGCCAUGCUGCCCGAAAAUACGAACGGGUUUAGAAGCUUUGCCAACAAGAUGGUGUCGGACUUUGUACUGCUAAUGUUUCUCUGUCGCCAAACGGUUGUAUUUCGGUUGGAGACAAAUCCACCGCGGGGAUUCGGUGGGGGCAGCAAUCAGUCGGUGCUGGAGGAUUUCAAAAAGCUUGAUGAGGGAACUUUGCAGAAUCCAACACCGGACUUUAUCACAAAGGUGCGCAAUUGGUUGGAUAUGCUGAAGCGGACGCUGUUUUUGGUGUCCUUUUGGUUUACGUUGGCUGUUGUGUUCCUGUCCGGAUCGAGUCGGGUGAAUUUGUUCUCGAUAGGUUACCUGAUCGGUGCGUUCUUUUUCCUGUGGCAAGGAACAGACUUCUAUCUACAUUCGAUUGAGUAUAUUCUGAAGCGCUGGAACAUUCUCAUAUGCUAUAAUGUGUUCGUGAUAGGCGCCAAAGCAUUUCUGCAACUUUUCGGUUGUCUGUUCCUGGAGAACCUAGUGAACAACAAUUGCUGGGUAAUGCAGUUGUUAGGGAUGAACUGCCUAUCAUCAGCACUUCCACCACUUCCACCUGGUACUGUGGAUCCAGGAGAACAGUGCAAUAUUCCUCAUCCGUCCGAUGCAGGCCUGUUUUGGGAUGGAAUGUGUUUCGCCUUUCUACUGUUGCAGCGGCGUCUAUUCUCAAGUCACUACUUCUGCCACAUCAUCAACGAGUCGAAGGCGAGCAAAUAUUUGGCAUCUAGAGGUGCCGAGUUGAUUGAGGAACUGCGAAUCAAAGAAAGUGCGCAAGAAGCGGAACGUGAACGACAGAUAUUGGAAAAAAUCAAAGCCAAAAUGGAUCGUAUUAAAGCGACGCAGCAGAAAAUUCUGGAGGCUGUGCAAGAUCCUGCCACUCAUGCGAUAGGAUACCACACACCGAUAGAGGACGAAAUAGCGGCCAAUUCAAUGUUUAUCGAAGGCGAGGGUCUCUCGGAAAUGCCCUCGGACAACGGUGGAUUGACGGUGGGACGAGGAUCGUACCAAACGCAGGUACCAUCGCCAAGUUCCGCUCUAAUGACGGUGUCGCUGGAUGCUUAUUUGGAUCCUCAGCGAAUGUCGUUUGAUUCGCCUAAUGAUUUGAUGGCCCGCGUGUGCAGCCCAGAUGAUACGUUCCCUGUGUUUUCACCACCACCGUUUGAUAAGGAGCAACCGCAGUUCGUGGCCACAACCACUAACACGCUUAUGCCACCAACCAAAACGGCACUGCAAACGCGACAGCAUCGCCGACAAUCGAGUUUGAACGCAGUAUCAUGGCCAGCAAAUAAUGAACUAACUGUUAGUCCAAAAGCGCAACAUCGCACAGUGCCUUCCGGCAACAUCUCCAUGCCAACUGAAGAACCCGGUAACGGUCGAGACAAUAAUGACCAUUCUCAGCAACCUUCUCAAUCACCGCGUUCACCUCGCUCUCCGCGUUCGGCUACCUUCGCACCAAACCAACCACGCCACCGACGGUUGUCGAGCAUAGGAUCUGGUUCCGGCGUACCGGAUGAACUGACCGGAGGUGAUGCGGUCGGUGCGCGCCGUCGUUCGAGCUUCUUGGUGUCGCUGUUCGUGGAUGAGGAUACCACGCGGUACGAUGAGGUAACGACCACCGCGAACGGUGGCCCCAUAUCCCGGCGACGGUCGCGAUCACGCAGCUUCUGGGGUCCGGUUGGUGAAGCCGGUUUGCGGGACUCGAUCCGUUCCGCUCGAUCGCGUUCACCUGUAUCACACCACGAGUAUACUGUCGACCAUAGGUCGAGCUUGAAGCGCAAAAUAUCGGAACACCGACCAACGGCCAUACGGUCCGGUGACUAUUACAUGUUUGAGGAGGUGGAACAGGAGUUUGAGCUGGAUCUAAUGGAACCACAUGAAUAUGAAGAUGAUAUGGAUGAAACAUCACCAAAGGAUCAACGGAUCCGCCAUAGGCUUACGCUGGGACGGUUGGCCGCACAAUUGCGCAAGCAAAGACAGCAAGAGGUGUAUGAGUUUGCGUACGGCGACCGUUCUGAUAAUGAGGACACUAAAGAGGUCGAUCAGGCUCCUACACUAGCGUCCAGCGAUCUGCAGGCAGAUGAUCGGCCACAUCCACCGUUACGUCGACGUCUAUCGUCACCGGCCGUUGUACGGCGCAGACAAGUAGGCAUGAGCGCCGGUGAGCGCGGUACGGACGACUGUAAUACUGCCCUACCGGAACGAUCUGCCCUUUCCGAACCAUUAGCACCGCACGAUUCAGCUCAUUCAGCCACUCGACAACGAAAACCGACUGCGUUAGAUGCACCGGAUGCUCAAACGGGAGGCCCGAGUCGGGAGUUGCAUGCCCAACAGUCGGUUACGGACGAAGAGGCACGUCUGCUGAGCGACGAAGAGGAUGAAGUUGAGGGCACUAAGGAAGCUGCCCCGGAAGAGAAGAAGAGUAAAUUUUCCUUGUCGGGAUUAGCGCUAAUACCCGCGUUCUUGGCCGGUGCCGUUGGUUCUCUGACGUUGCGGCUCCAUCGUGCUUCUCGUAACUAUCGUUACGUGAUGCGUGUGCUGACCCGCGAAAAGCAGGUGCUGAAAGAAACGCCCGGCUUCGGUGUUGGUGUACGUGACAAGGACGGUGUAUGGACGCACUGUGUAUCGCGAACGGCCAGUAGUACUUCACCACAGCCCGAAGGUACGGCUCAUUCGGGUUCGGCACACUCAGGCUCUAGUAGCAGUAGUAUAUUGUCCCGUCCCGGAUCGCUUGCAUCCAUCAGUAGAUUCAACAGUAGUAACGUUAACGACAACACUGACUACGAACGGGACUAUGCGGAAGCGGAACAGCCGGCGUCUGCCGUUCCAUCGUCGCCAGCGGUAACGUUCACGGUGUCCGAUGUCCAACCGGACACGGCGAGCGAAAGCGAAGCCAAACCUAACACAAUCCGUGAUCGGCAGGAAUACUGUACAGAACGGCAGCUUGGGGAUGAAGGACUGCAUACAGUAAGUGGAUUAGGAGCAGCGUUAGCGAUGAUCAGUCGUAAAGAUCCGCUAAGAGAAGAACUCGAAUCAUACUAUCACCGUAGGCGCAGUAAUAGUUUACUACCCGAGAUACUAAUCUCGGCACCGUCGGCCGAACGCGGUCUGGACGAAGAUGGGAUACCGUACCGCUACUAUUCCAAUGAUACGCUGGACAGCAAAACCGACGGCAGCUCUACCGAAGCCGUCAAACGUACUCUAGAUGAGGUGAGCUCCGACGAAGACUUCUCGUCGCGAAAACACUCCAUACUGUUCGAGCUGUUUCAAGCAGCAUGGUACGCCGUUAUGUCACACACCGAUUUUAUUUGCUACUUUGUAGUGUUUUUAAAUCAGGUUAACUCCGCCAGUUUGCUUUCACUGCCCCUUCCAUUGAUGGUAACGCUCUGGGGUACGCUCACGUUCCCGCGUCCAGCUCAAACUUUCUGGACGAUGCUGAUCGCGUACACUCAAAUGGUGGUGCUGGUGAAGUGUAUCGGUCAGUUUGAAAUGUUCUGGUGGAACCAGACUCCAAUACCUUCCAAUCAACCGUUCCACGUAGCACGGCUGUUCGGCAUUGAGCGAAAAGACGGCUAUGCAACGUACGAUCUCAUGUUGCUGCUUAUGCUAUACUGUCAUCGGUUUAUACUGAAGUCGCUUGGUCUGUGGAAAUCGGACCCAACAGACGAAGGGGCACUCACAGAAGGACUGUACCAGGUGGACACAAAUGACGAGCGUGCAAAGGCGCUAAUGGCGUUGGCAGACGACAAUGAGAAAAAACGCGAAACAUUGGAAAUACGUCCACCGGAUGAACUGACCGGACUUUCGAUGGUAAAAAUUAACGAAAAAGAUAGAACGAUCGUGGAGGAACCGACAGGCGAAGAGGAGCCAAACGUGCUUUGUGUUACCGUUCAUUCGGAGCCAACGAAAAAGUACUUCCCACAAAUAGCGAAGGCGUCGUUCUUGAGAUACUCAGCGGCAUUGAAGGCGUUCUUUGCCCAGCUGUUCGACCGUACAUCCCGCAAAACGACCGACGUGUACGGAUACAUGUUCCUGUGCGAUUUCAUAAACUUUUUUGUAAUUCUUUUUGGUUUCUCAUCCUUUGGGAGUCAAGACGGCGACGGUGGGGUUUUGUCAUACUUUGAAGAAAAUCGAGUACCAGUCACAUUUCUACUGAUGUUGCUCAUUCAGUUUUUCUUGAUAGUGGUGGAUCGAGCGUUGUAUCUACGCAAGCACAUACUUGGCAAGAUAGUGUUCCAAUUCAUUCUGAUCAUCGGUCUGCACGUGUGGAUGUUUUUCGUGUUACCUGCGACAACGGAGCGCAGCUUCAAUGCAACUACUCCGCCGAUUGUGUACUACAUGAUCAAAUGUUUCUACCUGCUUUUCUCGGCGUAUCAGAUACGGUGUGGUUACCCAGCUCGGAUUUUGGGCAACUUUCUAACGAAGGGCUUCACGAUGGCCAACUUCUCUGGAUUUAAACUGUUCAUGACCGUACCGUUCCUGUUCGAGCUGCGUACACUGAUGGACUGGAUCUGGACGGACACAUCGAUGACGUUGUUCGAUUGGUUGAAGAUGGAGGACAUCUUCUCCAACGUGUAUCAGCUGAAGUGUAUGCGCCAGCUGGAGGAAGAUCUUCCGGCACCGCGUGGUCAGAAGAAGGGUUCGAUGGUGAAAUAUCUGAUGGGUGGUGGAAUGAUGCUGGGAAUAAUCUUUCUGAUCUGGUUCCCGCUGGCACUGUUCGCGUUCAGCAAUGCGGUCGGUCAGCCUAACAUUCCGCACGAUGUGUCGGUGGAGUUACGGAUUGGAACGUACGAACCGGUGUAUGCGAUGAGUGCACAAAACAACAGCAUCUAUGGACUAACCCCAAACAAUUGGUCAAACUUUACGGCACCGUUUAUGGAGCGUGCCGCGCAGACGUUCCUUUCGAACUAUGAACCGGCGGAUGUGGCGGCGGUACAGCUCGGUAUAAGCUCGACUUCCAUCUGGAACAUUUCACCACCCGAUCGGAAUCGGUUGUUAAACGAUUUGAUUAACAACGUAACGCUUACCUGCCGGUUCCGAUACACGAUAAGUAGGAUGACCAAUUCGAAGGAAAAUCCGGGCGUCAUAUCGGAGGAACGCACGUUCCAGCUAGAGGAUGGUCCCGCACGUCAAGCGCUCAUAAAUUCGCUCACUAGAGAGAAAGACAACGAUAUGGCUGCCUUGAUGAACAUUAUGCCAAAGUUUUUACGUGUGCAAAAUAGUGGCUCGAUUAGGCCAGUUCAUCAGCUGGUGAAAACAGCCGAUAAUGAUGAAGCGGAUGAAAACUAUCGGAACAUGCAGUUACGGCAGCUAUACAUGGAUGAGAAAUCGAACGUUAGUUGGUGGGAAGCAACGGAAGAUUGUGCUGACGCGUUGUAUGAAAAAUACUUUAUUCGAUUGCCGUAUGCCGAUUGCGCCAACUAUCUGGUGAUUUACAUGUUCAACGAUAAAAUCUUUCCAAGCACCAUUAGUUCAAUUGCUGCAGGAGGCAUUAUCGGUAUCUACUCGACGAUGAUUCUCGUGUUCUCGCGUAUGCUGCGAACAAGCAUCUUUUCGGGUGCCAGCUCGAAGAUUAUGUUUGAAGAUUUGCCGUACGUCGAUCGGGUAGUUCAGCUCUGUCUGGACAUUUAUCUGGUGCGCGAAUCAUCCGAAUUUACGCUGGAGGAGGAUCUGUUUGCCAAAUUGCUAUUCCUCUACCGAUCACCGGAGACGAUGAUCAAAUGGACCCGGCCCAAAAACGAAGGUGGCGGGGACGAUGAAACGGACACUAUGACGGAUCAGCCCGAAUCGCACCCGAAGCAAGAAUAA